AUGGAGGGCAAAGGGAAGGUUGAGGAGCCCCAAUCCAUACCAGUGGUUUCUUCUACCAAGCCGCAGUCCGUGCGUUGCGUUGAGUGCCGUGAGGAGGACUGUAAAUUAGUACUUUGUAUACCCUGUGGGCAUCGAGUGAUGUGUGCUGCGUGCGCUUCUAAACGAAGCACCUGCUCGGUUUGUCUGCAGGAAAUAAAGCAGACAAUGAAUACUUUUCUUUAG